AUGCGUCUGCUACUGUGGGUGCUUCUUGCAACUUUGGUGAUGCUACUAUCCAGCACCGACGCAGCCUCGGCCAAGCUUUCAAGCUCCGCUUCGGCGAAGAUCGACUCGGAUAUCCCAGUUCGUGGCCUGGUUGCUGAGUACAACCACGUCGGCAAAAGAAAAUUGCGGGGCAAUGAGCUUGUGGCGGAAGAUGAUGACGAUGAAGAAGAGCGAGGAUUACCCGUGUCAAGCCUGCUGAACCGCUGGAAGUCUUCUCUGCAGGAGAUCCAGCGCACUACAUCGUACAAAAUCAAGAAAUACCUCGUGGAGAAGUUCUUCCGUUGGAUUUACAGACAAGGAGUGAAUCCUGUGACCUUGCGAGCCAGGAUGAUGGGGAAAGACAACAAGGUCAUCGGGCUGUAUAAGGCCUGGUACGAUAAAUUCGUCGCCGCAAACGCCGUUAAGCCUUAA